ACUAGAGAGAUAGUGAUAAAUUCUUUUUGGGUAGAUACUUAGUUCAUGUAUGUACCACUAGCCUAAUCGGGAACAUAGUCGUGAGAUUUUUUUUUAGUCUAUCAAUCCAUAAAAAAUAAUUAUAGAAUAAAGUAAAAUCCGUAUUUAUAAUCGAUCGAUUUAAUAGACCACGGGUGCGUCUCUAAAUUGAUCGUCUUUUGUCGCGAAAUUCAAAAAUGGCUCCUUUCCCAAACUUUUUCGUCUUAUUGUAGACCGGAAUAAAACUAUUUUUACAAUAAAAGAUUUUUAACCAAAAAUGGAGGAGGAGGAAGAGUUUGUAGGUUGCAUCAGUUGCAUGGGCACUAAUGAUUUAUGCGAUCUAUUUGGUGCUUACGCGGCAAACGUGGAAACUUACGCGAAAAUGCUUGAAAACUGUUUCGCGAUAAAGGUUACAAAUGAGUUGAAAUAUUUGUGUUCGAACUGCGUGGAGAAGCUUGAAAAAGCGAUUACAUUCAAAGACCAGACCAUGAAGAAUAUCGCCAUGCUGCAGAGCAUUAAAGAUGAAGAAUACCUAGACGAAUCGAUCUUAGAGGAGGAAGAGGCUAACACGUCGGAUUCCUCGAAGCCCCAGAAGGUGGUCAUCAUCAGGAAAUCUGGCAACGACUCCAACGAGGAGGAUAUUGAUGAGGAAGACGAAGACCACACAAUCCAAGCGUUGGACGAAACUACGUGCAUUUACUGCGACCUGCAGCUGGCGACGUGCGACGAGGUGCACGUUCACAUCCGAAUGGUGCACGGGCUGGAGCCCCGCACGGGGCGGAGGCUGCAGGAGUGCCCACUGUGCGGCGUCGCGCUCACCGACGUCAAUGAUCACCUUAACAGGUGUCACGGAGUGAAGUCAGAAGCUGAGGGGCGGGAGUACCCGUGCCACUUCUGCGAGAAUGUGUACAGCAGUCGCAAAGCGUGCUUCACGCAUCUACGGAUGAAGCAUGGACUAAAACUAUACAACGACCAGACCCCGAAAUGCGUACAGCGGGAGCGCAAGAAGUGUCACAUGUGUUCGCGAGACUUCAGCCAGAAGCAGAUACUGAACAAACAUCUGUGGAAGGCGCACGGUAUCGAGGUAGAGAAACGCAAGGCUUUCAUCUGUCCGUUGUGCAACGAGAGAGUCAGCUACGGCAACCACUUCAGUGCUCACCUCCUGCAGCGGCACAGAGUACACGAGCAGGUCGAACAACUCGAGUUUAAUACUAUGGAUGACUUUUUGCUAUACAAGAACGCGAUCCAAGAAGAGACGAAGUAUAGAUACAGAAAAACAACUGCUAGCAAGCAAACCAUUGAUGGAAUACGAUCUCAUUUUAUGUGCAGCCAAUCUGGUGUCUACGUUUACCAGGGUAAAGGUAAGCGUCCAGCUCCAGAGCGGCAGAUCUACAAGACGGGCAAGGCGUGCCCCGCACACAUGAUCGUCACGGAGACGCUCGAACGAGUCCUCGUCACAUUUUACAAGACGCACGUUGGACAUGGACUGUGCCCAUAUUACGAGCCUCGAGAGCCGAAGAAAGCCAAAAUGGAGACCAUCACCAACUCUAUGGUGAUUGACGAUGUGUUAAAAUCGGAAAACGAGGCUAAAGAUGAUGACGAUAAGGUGGAGAACUCCCUGGCGUGGAUCUGCGACACGUGCGGCAUGGGGUUCCUUGACGUGGAGCAGUUCAAGCAGCACAUCACCUCCCACGGGCCCAAGCUGUUCCCCUGCCAGUACUGCGACAAUGUAUUCGAAAAUAUAGAUUCAUGGACGCAUCACAUUCAGGAGCACAGCGACGGCAGUUUAUUCUAGCGAAAUAUAUUUUAUUUUUAAUUAAAGAUUGCUCAAUGUUUGAACGAUAAAAGCCCUUAAACUGACAUUAGUAACUGCAUUUAUCAAGUUACUUAUGAUUUAUCAAAAGGUAUAUAAUAACAAUCUAAUAAAUAAGUACAAAUGUCUACUUGACGUUAGAAGGCAUAUUAUUUUAAACUCAAUGAAGUUAAUGAUUUUAUUUUAAACACAAAAUGCAUGUUUUUCAUUUG